UUACACAUAAAGCUAAAAUAUCAAUCUAUCAAACUAAUAUAUUAUUUGUAUUAGUUGUAAUUAGUAUCAACAUGAUGUUAAGCAGUAUUAAGUAUUUUUAUAAAAUAUGUAGUGUUGAAAUAAUAUUUCAAUUGAAUAUAUUAGUAUUUGAAUUUCAAGUUAAACCCAUUCCAACUAUGAAGUGUAAAUAAUCAAUUGGAUAAAUUAUUAUGAUAAUAGAAAUUAUAUAGAAAAAAUGGUCAAAAACAUUUCAUUUUGAUACUUGUGUAAAAUAAAAAGUAAUAUUAAAUUUAUCAAUGAAAGGAUUGGAGACUAGACAGACUUCAAAAUAUCAUCAUAAAACUUUAAGAAAUGGUAAAAUUUUAAUACCUAGAAAAACAAAGAUGGAAAAAAAAAUUACUAUAAAAGCCAAGAAUAAUAUUCAGCUACCUCUUGAAAAAAUUAAAAUAGAUCGCUUCAAAGUCAAAUUAAAUUCAGUAAGUGAUAUUAAUAAAAACGAUAUUCCUAAUGUUAAGGUUUCAAACAACACUGAAAGAAUACUUAAUGGACGUAAACUUUAUAUAGUUCUUACUAAACUGCCAUUAUCAAUAGGUAAUCGGGAGUCUUCAAUUAUUGAUGACCAAAAUAAUAACUAUAGCAGAAAUGGUUAUAAAAAAUUAGAAAACUUUAUUAACUACAAUGAAAUUCAAAUAUAUAACAAUCAUGAGUUUGGUUUUACAUCAGGGAGAGAUAAGUAUCCAAAAAAUAGUCAAUCAAUAUCAUUACCAAUUUUACAAAAUGGUUCUAGUAAAAAAAAAGUAAUUAAACAAAAAAAACUAGUUGAUGAACAAAUCAAUGAACGAAUAACACGAGGUAAAAUUAUUAAACAAAAAACUGAAGAAAGAAAACAAUUAGAUAAAAUAAUGUUUGAUAAAUUUCCAAAAGAUACAUUUAAAAAGUUAGAUGUUCAGUUGAAUGAUAUAAGUAAAGAAGUAAAAUUUCUGAGUACUCUAGGUUUAAGAUGUCGCUGUAAAUGUCCACUUACUAAUGGAAAAAUAAGAAGAACAUAAUAUUUUUUCUAAAAUUUUAUUUAGUUUUAUAUUACCUAAAAACAAGUCUAGUAAAAAAUUCAAAUUAUCAGGUUUAUAUUAAAAAUAUGUAAAAUUUCCCUUCUAAUUUUUUUCAACUAUAUUAUUCAUGUAUUUUACUUUGAAAAUAAAAUUUUUAGUAUAUUAUUGUAUAUUAAACUUUUUCAAUACUAAUACAUUGGGAAUUUUUUCUUAUGUAUUUAUGAAAAAUAGUUUGAGAGAGGUAUCAACUAUAAAGUAAAACUCUAAUUGUUAAAACUUAAUAAUUUUACAAAUUCAGUUAGUAUUAUAAUCUAUUAAAAAAAAUGAAGACAGCAUUAGAAAUCUAAUGUUAAAUA